GAUGAAUCGUUACUUUGUUGACAACGUGUCGGGAUGUUGUGUUGUGAUGAUUCAAUUCAUGGGAUUCCACGUAAUCUACCUUUGCUUUUGUUUGUAACCGAUCACCCCUCUUUGAUAAUGGACGAUUCCAAUUGUACACAUAUAACAACCAAUCAGCAGAGGUAUUCGUCGCCCCACUUAUGACGUCAUUUGUCAAUAAACCUCUGGCCGAGUCGAUGUUGCAUGCACGCUUGACGAAUGGAGGCCAAAUGAUGAGAGCUAGCUGUGCAUGCGUUUCAAAACUGUAUUGCAUGUAUAUACGGCGGGCCUACGUGUAUUGCGGAAGAACAGGGUUUGUUGUUGUUCAGGAUUUGGUGCCAACGCAGGACUGAAAAUUUGGGGUGGAAUUGCCAAACGGAAUCAAUUCAAAAUGGAAGCUAUUUUGAAGGAACAAAUUAUGAUUAAUCAGUUUGUUUCAGCAGCUGGAUGUAACGCUGAUCAAGCCAGGCAAAUUUUGCAGAAAACACAUUGGCAAUUUGAGACGGCGCUAAGUGUGUUCUUCCAAGAAGCAGCUAUUCCUGCUAAUAACCAUCAGUACUACAGACAAGGGGGACAUUCGAUACAUGCUCCUGCGAACACACCUGCAACACCGCCAAACUUUCCAGACAUUCUCACCAGCUUUUCAAAAUUGGGGGCGACCCCUACGGACAAAUGCCUCGGUGCCUCGCCCAUGGCAAUGGCCACAUCUCCCAUACAAACUGUACAGCUUCAGCCCAGCUGCUUUGCCCGGCCCAACAGCAAGCAGUCGAUGGAAGUCGAGCCGCAGAGGUGAAUCGGCACACGUCCAUUCCCUGUGGCAUUUGUGAUGCGGGCCACACUCGUAGAACUGCUCUUGAAGCUUUGACAAUACUAGGAAAACUCUAUUGAGAAGAUCGAUUAUGUAACGGAAGGCAGCGGAAUAUUGGGUUGUUGUCGGCGCAGUGACAGACAUGUAAGGGAGGUCCAAUACUGAAUAGCCAUCACCAUGGAAACAGCAGGGAUUCAUGUGUCUUGCAUGGAACAUAUAUUUUGCAGCUGAUAUUUAGCGUAGCAACUGUCAACAACUUCAUGAAGAUGCGUCAAUCCAUUCAUCAUUCUGCAGGAGCCCCAGCCUUCUCAUGUUGACAUCAAAUGGGAGAUUACAGUAUGUACCUGCAAGGUAACACGUGUGAGAGAUAUAUAAAGUGUAGAGGUCACAUGAGUGUGAAUGUAUAAAUUUGUACAAGGAAUCCACUUCCUCUAUGACUAAGACCAAGAUAGAAUUCAGGAAAUAGUUGAAAGGAGUUAAGUUUAAUUCACAUGUAGAAAAGGUGCAUGUGCCAUGUACAUGUUGAGAUGCAUUUGAUGCUUGAAAAUGACCAAGGUUAUGACAAAAGUUGAUGAGGAUAGUGUGUGUGUGUGUUCAUCAUUGCAUUUACAUAUACAUUUUUGUGUAAGUAUGUACGUUGUAGAUUCUUUGACUACUCAGGAAGACCAUUUCAUUGACCUAUAAUUGUCAUACACACAUAUAUGUAAAGCAGCAGUGCAGUACAGUAUGUGAUGUACAGUGAUUUGAUGUUUAUAGAAAAUAUUCCUCGUCAUGUGGAUGACGAUGACGAUGAUGACCUGUUACCUUCAAAAUCAGCUGAGCUAUAAUGGCACGCAGAGAAAUGGCAUUGUAAGAGAAUAUCUUUUCAAUUAACUCAAGUUUUAACAUACUACAUGUAUGUACCAUUAUUUAUGCAAAUUUUGUGUUUUUAGUUUAGUGUACAUUGUAGCGAAAUUUAAGUAUUAAUUUGAUACACAUUUUACACUUUUUGUUACCGUACUUCACAUUACAAUACAUCUUUUCACCCUUAAACAAUUUUGAAAGGGUCUUUACCAAGAAACUUGAGAUUACUGUAUGGUAAACAAUGGACUGGUAUUAAUGUCCUAUGCAUGUGUAGGUCAUACAUGGACAUGUGAUCUAUGAGUUUUGUCCUUCAAAAAGAAAUGCAUGUACAAGGUACAGCUGGACUGCUGGAGUAAACAUUGUGAGUUUGCAAAGUUAUGUAAUGGACAUCACUGAAAAGAUAGAAAAACAAGGGAUUACAGUUGCAUUCAUUUUAUUUCCUUAUAGACAUGUACAUGUACAUGUACAUCCAUCUCAGUUGCACAUGUACAUGUUUAGAGUAUUUGGAAUUACAUGAGCAUUGUUCCUUUUUUUAAAUUGGUUUUAUGAUCAACAUUUAGUUGUGAUAUUUUUAUUUUCCCCUUGCAUCAUUGUCUGUAAAAGGCAAUUUAUUAUUGAAUUUACAGUGUAGUUGUUGGUACAAAUAUUUUUACAAGUCUGCUAAUUUGAACUUGAAGGGGUACUACAUACAUGUAAACUGUAUAUGUAGGGUUUGAUUUAUUGUUGACAAGUAUUUUUUAUGAUUCUACAAUCUACAUGUAGCACACGUAUGCACUUUUGGACACAGUACAUGUACCUGUUCAUUGUGUAACUGUAAGUGUAACUAGUACAUCAAUCUAGUAAACAGCUCGGUGAUAUACUGUAUGGUUUGUACUGUCUACUUUACAUGCGUCUACAUGUAGGGAUUUUUCUUUUAUGUUAUGUUGAGUCUUUGUGAUAUGCAAAUGGUUGUUUGUGUGUGCUGUAUUCUGAAUAUCAUACAUUUAUCCUCAAUCAGCCAUUUUUUUUAUCAAUAUACCAUCAGCAUCUUAUUGAAGGGAAAUCAUAUUGUGUAAAUACUGGUAUGUACAGAGUACAGUACAUACAGUGUACAGUACAUGUACAUUGUAGUGCCAGUACUUCCAGGAAUUUCCCAGAAAGAUGAUUUUCAUGAUGAUAUAUAUUUUUUAUUUCUACAUGGCAGUUUAUAUGAGACCUGAAUGAAUUACUAUUGAAGAUGUACACAUAGUAGCCUAUAAUUAUGACAAGGUUGUCUUAUGAUUUUUCAUACCCUUUUUAUUUCUGUAAUUGGGAUUUUAAAGUCUAAUGAUUAGGUACAGUACAAUAUAUUAGUUUACAGAAUGCCCAUGCUAAUUGUGAUUUUGAAACAAUUUCAACUGAGAAAAAAUAUGUUUAAGACAACUACAUGUAUUAUUAAUUUUUUGGUUUUUCUUUUAAUAAGAUCAUUAAUAUCAGGCAGGCAUAUUGGCAUUGAAUGCAAAUUCGCAUUAAAAAAAAAAUCAGAUUAUGUUUUGUGACCAAAUUUUACCAAAGUAAUUUUUGUUGCAAAAUUAUGCAGAAGCAUGUACGAUUUUAAGUUUUAUAGUAAUUACUGUAUGUUAAUGCAAAUGUCACAAGGUAUUUAAGAUAUGACAUGCAUCAUCAUAGACUUUUCUUUGAGACAUUUUUUCUUGAAACUGCAUAAAUGUACAUCAAAGUUUGCAAAAAUAAAAAAUAAAAAUCUUUGGCUAUAUUCACAAAUUUGGUUUUGUAAUUGUAAAAAAAAGAAAAGAAUAAGAGUCUACUGAUGUUUUGGAAUCUGAACUUUCGGUAUUUUUUUUUCAAUUUUCGGCGUGUGCCAUAUUUAUAAAUGAAGUUAGGAUGUGGGCUUGUUUUAAAAAGAUUUAAUCUGUCUUGCGGAAUUUGAAAUUAAAGCCGAACAUAAAACCUACAUGUUGUAGUUUGAAUAUGGCAUGUAUUAAUUUUUUACAUGUUGAAGUUUAAUACAUGUAGCCUUAAUUCUUUUGUUAAAUUAAUGAAAGAGCAUUGUUAUGAAGUGUUUAAUUUCUACUUUUUCUAUACCAAAUAAAACCUACAUGUUGUAGUUGGAAUAUGGCAUGUAUUAAUAAAAAAAAGUGUUAUCUAUAUUAAAGUCAAGAUAAAUAUGACAUGUUAUGUUUUAUUGAAAAUGAAUGUCAAAUUUUACGAACAGGUGUAUAUAUGCUACGCCAUGUGUAUCUCAUUCAAAUUCGUAUGAACUUACAUGUAUAUGCAAGUAACUAGGUACCAUUCUGUUUACCAGUUGAAGAUGUACUUUACAUUUUUUUUUUAUAAUAAGGAAAGGUACCGUAUUCUUUAUUUACAAUAUUAGUAAGUAGUGCAAUUUUGUAGCUGUAGUUUGGAUUCUUGGAUGGGAAGGUAUCUAUAAUAUGUUAAUCGCAUUUAAUAACUAAAACUAACCAUACUGAAGUUUUGUUGACAUGAUCUAUAAAUGCAUCUACUAUAUAUUGACUCCCGAGAACCUUCAUGUACGUGUAUUGAUAAUCGAUCAGGAACGUAGCAACACACAUAUAUUUACACACUAUACAUGUAGGUGUGCCGUUGGAAGUCUUUGAAACCAUGGUUUUACAUGUGCUGGUGUUUUGCCUUUGUAGUAUCUCUGUGACAGCCCUCAUUGCUUUAGAAAGAUGAUAACAUAUGUCUGUAAAACUCUGUAUUGGAACAAUAUACAGAUGAUCAUGGUAUUUAUGUUUUUAACCUUUGUACAUUUAGUACCGCUACGCAUGAAUUUAAUUCUCGGGUCUUACCAUGGACCUUCUGGGCAAUGAUUGCAUUUUUGCUCAGUGAGCUGUGAGGAUUGACCAUAUGCCAGUGUCCACUAUUACCGUACAUUAAUGCCUUUGUCGUUGCUCCAAAUUUAGGUUAAUAUUUCAUCUAUAAUUUAGUUCAUAGUUCUCAUAAGUGAGAAAGAAUUCUUUUUGUACUAUAGGAGUUUAUUUCCUUUGCCUUGAACCUUGAUUUCAAGAAACAAGUCGGUCAUGUGAUUAUAUAUGACAUAUGUAAAAUAAUGUACAACUGUAAUUGUAAAAAGACAGAGAAAAAUAUUAUUGAUAACUGGUGUUCGUACUACUUUGUUCCCAUAUAAGAUUGUUUCAGUAUGUUUUUAUCACAUCAAAAUAUGUUAAUAAAGUGUUGAAAUGACACAUGAAAACAUUA